AUGGCUAUACGAACGGUUUUAUUUACACUAUACGGCUUGUUGCUGUUGUUUAGUUAUGCCGCAGCCGAUAACUCGUUCGCUGAAACAUUUCAAAUGCAGGAAUACCUCAAAUUUCCACCAGUGUUCUUGUAUGAUGACUUCGAGGAUUGCCGACGGUGGUAUCGGGAUGAGUACGUUUAUUGCAUCGUAAAGGCACCACUAGCACCGGACGAUUCAUCCGUCUUGUGGAGAAAUAUAAGCUAUUUUUCCAGCGAUUAUCACCACUAUGACCAUACGGUGUUGGAGCGUGGCGUAUGCAUUCCAAAAUGUCACGACGCUAUCAUACAAAAUGCGACCGAAAGUGGAACGGAUCUACUUUCGCGUGAGGAAAUGAUUCACCGCUGCAUAAGUGCAGAGAUUACGCCUGACUAUGGGCUGAUCGUAUCGACCGAACUCCGCAUCCAGCACUGUUACUCCCGUGAUACUGUGAAUAUUCCAUACGAUUGGCUGGAUGUGAUGUUUUUCGUACUUGCCGCUGCAAUUAUCGCACUCGUGGUAGCCUCCACCGUGUACGAUAUGCACCAGCAGGCGAGACAAAAGUUUCCAGAAGAUUACUUUGCACGAAACUCAAAGCAGGCGCACCAGCGGCUGCUCACAGCGUUCUCAUUUCCUCGCAAUAUCCGUCGAUUGCAAGAACCGAUACACACACAAACCCGCAUCGACCUUGCUUGCUUCGAAGCGUUCCGCUUCGCACAAACGUUCCGUGUCAUCUUCCUGCACGUGACUAUUGCACACUUGAAGAUUCCCCAGCGCAAUCCCGAAUAUCUCGAGCAGUUGCAGCACGGCGCCUCGCUACAAACGUUCAUCGCCGAGUUUCAAAACUACGUACAAACGUUCUUCACUAUCGGCGGUAUGCUGAUGACAGUGAACUUUCUCGAUCAUGUACGCAAAAAUCCAACGUUCCGUUUGGCGUACUUCGGCGAGCGACUGUUAAAUCGACUUUGCCGAUUAGUGCCAACGUACGCGUUCAUGAUUCUCCUCGAGGCAUCAGUUAUGCGGCACCUGAUCGAUGGACCCUUCGGACAGCAGUUCAUUGGAGAGUCGGCCAAUAACUGUCAACAGCAAUGGUGGAUGAAUUUGCUGUUCGUAAACAACUAUAUCGGCUGGGAUAACCCGUGCUUCAUACCUUCCUGGUACCUUGCGACAGACCUACAGCUGUUCGUAUUUGGCCUUAUAAUAAUGAUGAUUUUCUGGCGAUGGCCAGCUACCAGAAGAUACAUCUUCAGCGCCAUCUUCCUCUACAGUGUGAUCGUUCCUGCAGUGGCCUAUCUGAUGACUGGCAUUACGCCUGUCAUGACGGUGGACAUGAAGAACGCGGAAAAGUACAUCCGCGGUCAACAGUUCCAGAGCGUGCUAUACUUCCCAUUUCAUCAGAACACCGGUAUUUACUUUUUUGGCAUGUUGGCCGGCAUGGUGUAUCACCACUAUCGGGACCAACGGAAGGAACUGUUCAAGGUUGCUGCAUUCCGUCAGCUAGCCAAUUUCAGUGGACUUUUGUACGUGUUCUGUAUGGCCACCGUGUCCUGGGUUGUGUCGAAUCUUUCCUGGCUUCCAGCUAUCUGUCUCGCUGCAUACGCGAGUGCCUUCAAGCUCAGCUGGGGUCUGUUCAACACUGUACUGCUGCUGGCGUUGGCGCUACUGCACCGACAUAACUGGAUCAAGAUGGCAUUGAGUCAUCCGAUCUUUCGCGUGCUCGGCAAACUGGGCUACAGCGUCUAUCUCAUCCAUUUCACCGUAAUCGUACAGGUGUAUGGUAGGGAAAAGGCACCCAUCUUCAGCAACGAACAGAUAGUUACGGGAUACACAGUCGAGGUGCUCUUUUUUAGCUACAUCUUUGGGGCCUUACUUUGCGUUCUGGUGGAGCUACCGACCGGAGCCGCACUCAAAGAGCUAAUUGAACCGAAAGCGCAUAAACCCUCCAUUACUCAAGUGCAUACCGGUUCUGAGCCAAUCAGCGCACAGGUAGGAUCAUCGUCAACCACCCUGGCAAGCACACCGGCAUCAGAUGCAACAAUCAUGACGAGCUCGAAAGAGAGCCGAUAA